CCAGCUUCUGGUUGCUGCUUUUCCUCAGGUGGGCUGGUUUGUAACAAAUAAGACGCCCGGGUCUUGAAUCCAUUUCCCUCUCAUCUUUGGGCAGCCCAGCUAACGAGGGAAGACGUUUUGACUGCCAGGCAGAGUCGGAGCUCCCUCCCGUUCCUGGGGAGGCCCGGAGAGCAAGCAGCCGGAACACGGAGAGCGGGAGAUGGGUAGUGAUGACCACAAACAUAAGCAUGAGAAGAAGUUUUAAAACUACAGAUUCUAAAGCCCAGCAAGACAGGCACCCGCAGCCCCCACUGCUGUAACAGAGAAGAAAAAAAAAAAUCCUACUUUGCAGUUGCACCUGAUCAACGGGAAGCUCUCAUUUUGUGGGAAGAGCGCAGCACCUAACCCUUUGAGAAUCAUCACCCAGAGGCGCCCACUGGUUCACUGGAGACAGUCUUCCUAGCCCAGAGACGAUGCAGGGGAAUAAGAAGUGCACGGACGGGUUCAGCGACUCCUCGAGCAUCGGCAGUGUGCUGGACGAUGCAGACAGGGAGGUGAGCAGCCUCACAGACCGGGCGUUCCGGAGCCUCUGCAUCUCAGAGGACACCUCCUUCAACGACGCCGACCUGGGCCUGUCCCCGGAUACCACCCGGCAGGUGUUUGGGAAUUUUCACCACACGCACAGGAAGAGCGGCCUCUGGAGCCAGUUACCGUCACAAGGCACCGAGCACACAGGCUGGGCGGCCACGUUCCACCAGCAGCCCAAGUAUGUCCAAGGGGAGGAAAGGUACCCCAAAGGCAGCCCCCCACUGACGCCAGCCCAGAGGAGACUGGAGGUGCCGGUGUCGGGCCUGAGGAGCAGCAACAAGCCUAUUUCUAAAGUGUCAUCGCUAAUUAAAUCCUUCGACAGGACCGAGAGCCAGCGCUGUGACAGCAGGCCACCUCCGGCUCUCAAAAAUGCCCCCAAGUUUGCCCCUCUUCCGGAAAGUGGUGUCAACUUCUGCUUCGAUUCUGCCUUUCUGACCGUCAGGAGGGUGCCGGCCGAGGUCUCCAGCAGCCAUCAGGGGAGCCACCAGCCCGGCAGGAAGCCCGGAGAGCAGGAGACCCCGGAGAAUCCCGAGAUGGUUUGUCAUGGCUCCAGCGGCUUCCUCCCCACGCCCGAAAAUGCAGCCAGCUCCUUCGAGUCGAAGUUCCCCUCUGUGCCCCACAAGUCAGCCAAGGGUGAGCCUGGAAUAGGCAAGGAGUGGCCUCGCAAGGGGACCUUUCUGCACAGUGAAAACAGUGCUUUUGAGUCGUGGAAUGCCCACCAACCGAGGCUGCCCGAGAGAAAGGAUGCCACCGACGCCGUCCCGGAAAGCAAAGCUCCCCAGCGUUACGAGGACACGCCCUUGGUAAGAGAGCCCCAGGCCCCUGAGCGCAAAGUCUCUCCCUGCCCGGUCCGGGCCAGCUGUGGUCAGGAAGAGAACAGGCUGGGAGCAGGGGCCGUCUCCACAUCUGCAUCCUGGGGAUCUAGGGAUCCAGGAGCCCAGGUAUUCGCUGUAGAGGGAAAAGCUCCCAGCUCCCAGCCUGACCCUCAGCUGAAGCCAACACAGCCCCCCUGGAGGAAACCAAAGACUGGCAGAGGAGGGAAAGAAAGUCUGCAGGAUGCUUCAGAAGAGAAGAAGCAGGCCAGCCGACGAGGCCCAGCCUUGUAUACGAAGCACAAUCCCCAGGGGCAAUUUCCAGAAAACGAUGCUCUUGACAUGCCCGUGGACCCCAAUGAGCAUUACAAUCCUCCUUUUAACAUCAGUAAGCUUCUGACCCCCGUCAUCCCCACCAAGAAUGUCCUGGAUUCAUCUGACGGCCAGCUGGGGGAGACAACCUCCUCACCCCCAGGCCAGCUAAAUGGCUACCAGGAGAAGGAGCCCAGCGACAGUCAGUCUCGGGACAGCUACAAGUCCAGAGCCCCCAGCCUGCUGUUCAACCUCAAAGAUGUGCGGAGGCGCGUUAAGAGCACCUACAGUCCCUCUCCUCUCUUGAAAGGCAUGGAUGAGAAGACCAGAGGCAAGCAAGAAGCCGUGAGCAAUGGUGUCAUCCUUCCCAAUGGGCUUGAGGACAGUCCUCCAAAUGAGCUUUCCAGGGAGAGACCAAUCGAUGCCCCUUCUGGAUCGCACAGUGGUACCCAGAAGGACCCUACAGCCGACCCCAGCACAGCCGCUGCAGACAGCUAUCUGACUCCUAGUUCACCUCCAGCUACCGCCAAUGCCCCCUUCUGUGUCAAUGGGGAGGCUGCCGACAGGAACAGCUAUGAGAAGGAUGACACCGACGGGGAAUUGGAGGCGGGUGCGGCCAGGUCCAGCUGGUGUCCAGACUCCAGGGAAGUGGUGUCCAGGUGCCCCAGGAAGCACCUGUCACUGAAGCUUUGCAGCAGAGAGCCUGAGGUGGGGAGGGCAGAGGAGAAACCGAGGACCCCCAGCCUGGAGAAUGGGUUCUUGAGAUCCAUCUCCCAAGAGACAGAACAUGAGAGAGAGGCAGGACUUCUGAACCCAAGCUUCAACCCGAAAUUCUCCCCGGGGCCCCUCUCUCCUGAGGAGGAAGAUGUGUUUUACAGUGACAGCCAGUCGGAUUUCAUGCCAGCCCUCAAAAGCAAGGCCAAAGUCAGCACCAGCUCUUCAGAUCAGUCCUUUGCCUCAUUUGAGGAUCCGCAGAAGACGUGGUUCACCGAGGGCCAGUGGGAAGACAGGAGGAAUGAGGCGAGUGCAGGUGCCGGUCAGAAGGACGAGAAGGAGAAAGUGAUGGGGAAAGAUGAGCUACAGUACUGCGCCUUAAGCAAUGGGCCUGCGUGCGCAGAGGAGCACGGGAGGGGGGAAUCGUUGCAAGGAGAAGGGGAACGUUUGUCUGGAGGUAGACCCCGGAAGGCGUCGAGAGAGGGAGCAAAUUUCAGAGGCACUCGGAUAGGAGGAAGUAGGGACACAGCCUUUUCACAAGCCAAAGACCUUACCCCCUCACCAUCUUCCACUUCAAACAAGCACAUACUGUUUGCAAUUAAGGACAACACCCUCAGGGCCACCCCCGUGAUAAAACCCAUCAUGCUGCCUCUCCUGAGGGCCCUGUCCUCAGAGGACCCGCUGGGCAGUGGCCACAGAGGGGAGGAAUUGCCAAGGCCAGGCUGGGGCGAGGAUGCUGGUGCGUGUGCCUCUGAGAGCCAGGACACACCCAGCACCCCGACACCCGCUAGCACGCGGGGCACAUACUUGAAGUGCAUGGCCCACGAGGGCAUGGAGGACCACGUGUGGGCGCCCAGCACAGCCAGGAUGGAGACCUCCCAGCCACCCCCAAAGGAACAUGUCUCAUCUCCUCCACUCAUGGGAGAGAGUGAAGGGCUGAAGCCACCCGCAGAUGCCGCAUGGAAGGUCAUGGCGAGUGAUGGCAAGAGCAGUUCCCCAGAGCAGAGGAAGCUGGAUGCUCCAAGGUGUAUCCCCACAAUUGCUUUGCCUGAAGGCGACUUAGAAGACCAGCCACCUCCUCAGCAGCUCGAGACCUGUUGGGAAGAGCAGGCGCAAGAUUUCAAAAGUCACUUUUUGUCUACACCCAGAGCAGGGCCCCUGGGGAGAAGAAUGGUCCCCGGCGAGAUGGCUACUUCCCCCAAUACCAGUUCCCUGGAGGAGAGCAGUGUGUGCUCCCCUGCCAACAACAGCAUUUGGGACGAUGCUCCCCACGCCCCCAGUGACCUAGGCCUGCUGCCAGGGGACCCUCCCCGCGACAGCCCCUGGGCCAGCCCCGGCCAUGCCAGGGUCACCCGGAGGGAGGACCUGACACAUGCCCUCACGUGGGAGGCCGGCUCCGACCCACAACUUGAGCCGUCCGCCGAAGACCUCAGGACACUGUCUCCACGAGGCUCGCUGCUGGACGUGGCCCCCGGCUCGGCGGGCCUUCCAGAGAAACCGGAGCCUCCUGCUCAGCUGGAGAGGGCGGCCGGCAAGCCACCUGCCGUCCCGCCCAAAACAGAGAAGGCCCUGCGGCGGGCAAAGAAGCUGGCAAGCAAGAGGAGAAAGACCGACCAGCUUCAGGAAAAACAUGGUGAAGCCCGGGAGGAGAAGCCCUUCCCAGAGGAUGCGGAGCACAGGCCGCCGUCACCCGGAGAGAGGCCCCGAGCCAGGUUCCCAGCGGUCCGAGCCCUGCCACCCCCCAUGCACCGCCACUCAGUGUCUGCCUUCUCAGAACCAGUCAGGAGGCGGCCAGGGGGGCCCCAGUCCCUCACGCCCCUGCCCCCUUACCCUGCCACCCAGAAGGUUCUCCAAGACCCCCAAUCUGGAGAGUAUUUUGUCUUCGAUCUGCCGCUCCAGGUGAAAAUCAAGACCUUCUAUGACCCAGAGACAGGCAAAUAUGUCAAGGUCUCCAUCCCAACCUCAGAGAGGGGUUCCCCUGAGCAGCCCCUGCCGGACAUGCCUGCUGCUCCCUACGUGCUCUACCCCGGCUUCCAGCCCCUGCCCGUGACAGCCUUGAUGCCACUGCGCUGCUCCUCCCAGCUCUCCACCCCCACCUUCCUCAGGCAGGGCCCUCGCGCCACGGAGCCAGCCAGUGCCAGGCCCCAGAGCGCCCGCGAGGCUGGCCUGCAGCAGACCCCUGGGCCUCCAGGCGACCCCACCCAGCACUCUGCAGGCCAGCGCCCCAGCGGGCCUCCCCAGAGCCCAGGGGAGGAGGGAGGAAAUGCUCCAAGCCUGGGCAUCAUCUCCACCAACGACCUAGAGGACUUUGCCACAGAAGGCAUUUCCUGAGAACUACAGCUCACUCACCCCCGCCCCCAAGAAACCCAGAAGAGCUUCCCUCCCCCUCCCCAAGAACAUCAAUCACUUACACACACACACUCGUGCCCCACACACACACAUACACACGCCCCAACACAUACUUAGCCAUUUGAGAUCCCUAAAGUCUCAAAGGAAGUGGGGAUCCUGAGCAACCCCCCCGAAGGGCUCCCCAGAGCUCCCACUUCAGGAAGGCGCUGCUUGCAUGACCCGGUCCCUUCUAAGCCCAUCCCAGAUGUCAGAUCUGCUCCACUUCUUUUCUCCUCCCCACCCUGCCUCCCUGUCCUCCUUUGGCCCUGCCGCUGGGGUGCAUCCACCCUGUUCCUAAGGGCUGUUCUGCUCCAGCACCCCCACCCACCCCUUCUCAAGGUCAGGACCGGGCAGUGAGCAGACCCUGAGCCCCCAGAAACGCUGCACCUGCUGAGGCCUGCCCCGCAAGCGGCUGCCCAGCGCAGCCCCUCGAGGUCGGGCCUGGCACAGAGGGUGGCGACUCCACCCUCACCCUCACUCAGACACAGCUGCCUUCCAGCUCACCUCGGGCGGAGAGGGCUGAGGACCGACUCGAGGCAAUCUCGCAGAAAUGUUUAUUUGAAUAGAAUGGGUUCUCUUCACUGAGGAAAUUUUCCUCCGAAGGCUAUUUUCUGAUAAAGAGAAGGCUACCUUGGAAAAAGUGAAA